UGCUUUAUAGAGAACAGGCCAGCCGGCAUCGCAUCGCAUCGCCAUUCCAUUCCACCACCUACACGACAGAGCUGCUCUGCUCCUCCAGGAUCCAGAUCCCGAGGCUUUGAGCGAGCCAUGGCCACCGCCUUCGACUCCCCCACCUCCUCCCCCGCCGCUGCGCCCUUCCACGACGACGCCUUCCUCCGCUUCGACGGCUCGGCCGCCGACGUCCACGUCUCCGGGGACGGCUUCCCUGCCUCCCCGGACCCCUACGCCUUCCGCUCCGACGCACCCUCCCCCUUCGGCAUGCCCGAGGCCAACGGCGGCCUCCACGAUGACCCCUUCGGCGCGCCACCCGCCGACGCCGACUCUGGGCCCAUCCUCCCGCCGCCCACCGAGAUGGGGCGCGAGGAGGGAUUCCUGCUCCGCGAGUGGCGCCGUCAAAAUGCAAUCCUCCUUGAGAAAAAGGAGGAGGAGGAGAAGGAGCAGAGGAGCCAAAUCAUCCUUGAUGCUGAAGAAUUUAAGAAAGCUUUUGUUGAGAAGCGAAAGCUCAAUGUUGAGACAAGCAAGGACCAAAACCGUGAAAGGGAGAAGCUUUUCCUAGCCAACCAGGAGAAGUUCCAUGCUGGUGCAGAUAAGCAGUACUGGAAAGCGAUAUCAGAACUUAUCCCACACGAGAUUGCAAACAUUGAGAAGAGAGGGGCGAGGAAAGAUAAGGAGAAGGAGAAGAAGCCUGGGAUCGUUGUGGUCCAGGGCCCAAAGCCUGGGAAGGCCACGGACAUGUCACGGAUGCGCCAGAUAUUGCUGAAGCUGAAGCACACUCCCCCGCCACACAUGAAGCCACCUCCCCCGCCUGCUGCGGCUGGAAAGGAUGGAGCUAAGCCAGUGGCAGCUGUGGCUGGAAAGGAUGGAGCUAAGCCGGUGGCAGCUGCCAAUGGCACUGUCCCUGAGAUGGAGAAGGCGGUGGCAGCGGCAGCGGCACCAGCAGAAGAAGCAGCAGCACCGGCAACUGAGCCGGUCUCAGUUGCCUGAAUGAGAAGGAGAGUGCUGAGCUAAUCAUUUGCGGUAGGAGGAUAUGUCACUGCAGAGGAGGUGGCGUCAGACACGUAGUGUGUAUUUGUUAAGGGAAUGCUGUGGACCUUGAUUGGAUUGCAUAUUGUUAUUGCAUUUUGUAGAGAGGGAGGGGAUGUAUAUCCUGAUCCUGAUAAUAAUAAGGUAAAGGAGGCUGUCUGUCUGUAUUAGGGGGCCGGGGAGGACGUGUUUGUGUUUGGGAUUUCCUUGUGUGGAACUGGUUGUAUGCUAUCCGCUGCGGCAUAUAUUCUGUGUUUUUUUCGUCUCAA